AUGCCAACCCGCAGUUCCAAAUCACGUCCCAGUGGGAAUCCUGCUGGGACAGGAGAGACAACCCUCCCGAAGGAUGAGAACGUCAGUACCGACUCAGGCCGCCUGCGAAAGCAACCAAAGACAUUCCAUUAUGGCAAUCCAACUGGCCUACAACACAGCGACUACACUAUCGCAUGGGUGUGCGCCCUAAAACUUGAGAUGGAAGCAGCCCAAGCAAUGUUGGAUGUCAUUCACGAACCAUUGCUCACAGAUGCGGAUGACACAAAUACCUAUGUCUUAGGAAGUAUCAAGGGACACAACAUUGUCAUUGGAUGCCUCCUAUCAUAUUAUCCGAGCCCCGGUAGCACCGCGGUGGUCAUAGCAAAUAUGAUGCGCUCGUUCCCUGAAAUCCGUCGGGGAUUGACGGUCGGGAUUGGAGAUGGUGUUCCCAGUAAGGUUGAUCUGCGUUUGGGCGACAUUGUCGUCGGGACGAGCGUGAUCCAACUUGAGCUCGGCAAGAGUGUGGAAGAGGGGGACCUCCAACGUACAGCUAUUCUGCGAAUACCUGGUCAAGCUCUCAUGACGGCUCUCUCUGCCCUCCGUGCAAAACACGAGCUGGCCCCAAGCCAAGUCCCUUUCAUCCUCCAGGAGAAAUUCGAAGGGAACGACCCCUACAGUCGGCCGCGGCUUGCGGAUUCUCUGUACGAACCAGAUUACUGUCACACCUCAUCAGGUAACUGUGAUACAUGUGACCCGUCAAAGCUGGUGUCGCGACCAACGCGAAGUCCGAACGAUGUCAGAAUUCAUUAUGGAGCGAUCGGCUCGGGUGACGAAUAUGUCAGAGACGGUAUCAUUCGAGAUCGACUUGGCCAGGAUCUGGACAUUAUCUGUUUUGGAGUGCGAACUGCUGGUGUGAUGGAUACUUUGCCUUGUCUUCCAAUCCUGGGAAUAUGUAACUAUUCGGAUACCCACGAAGACCAUGAAUGGAAAAGUUAUGCUGCAGCAACUGCAGCUGCAUAUGCGCGAGAAUUGCUCGAGAUUUUGCCCGUGGCCCAGGAACGUGCAGAAAUUGUCUGCGUACCGGAAUCCUAUCAACCUUCACCCCUCGCCCAACGGCAGCGCCUGCCGGAUUACCUCAGGUUCAAUAAUAUCGCUUCACAGAGACUAAACAUCGAACCUAUUCAUGUUCAAACAUGUCAAUGGUUCAUCAGUCACCCCGAGUAUCAAGCAUGGCUUGAUCCCGCCAGACUGAAGGAGCACAAUGGCAUACUCUGGAUUGAUGGUAAACCUGGAGCUGGCAAAUCAACAAUCAUGGAAUUUGCAUACCUUGAGAUGCAACAUAGGUCUCACCACGACCGGGGUCUCGUUGCUGCAUUCUUCUUCGAAGCCCGAGCAGGAUACUUGAAGGGAUCAGCCCAGGAAUUGUACCAAUCAUUGCUCCUUCAGCUGCUCGAGGGAUACCCUGACCUACAGAUGGUCCUUGAUGAUGUCGAACUUGUCCCAUGGAUCCAAGAAACUUGCCCCCCUUCCCACGUGCUUGAACAGGUCUUUUGCGACGCGAUUUCCGCACUCGGCCAAAGGCCAUUUACUUGCUUUGUGGACGGCGUGAGUGAGUGUAACGAACAAGAAGCUGUGAACAUGGUCCGUGUCCUCGAAGAUCUGGCGGAACAAUGUGCAGCAAAGCGCAUUCCGUUUAGAAUAUGUUUCUCUGCCAGACACUACCCGUGUAUUCCGAUUCUCAAGGGAAUCCGACUGACACUGGAGGACCAGUCUGGUCACGCCGAAGCGAUAUCAGCCUAUGUGACAAGCAGGAUCCGCUUGCAUAAUCCCACUCUUGUCGAAGAGAUGAAAUCCGAAAUUCUUCGCAAGGCCUCGGGCAUUUUCACGUGGGUUGUUCAAGUUGUCGACAUACUCAACAAAGAACAUCGACGGGGUGGAUCUGCUUUGAGAAAGAGAUUCGCAGAGAGCCCUAAGGACUUGAGUAAACUGUUCGAAGAUACACUAAUGCGUGACCGUGAGGGCUUGGCAAUUUUCCAACUAUGUGCCUCUUGGAUCCUCUACGCAAAACGACCCCUGCACCCGAAGGAGUUCUAUCACGCUCUUUGGUCUGGGUUGGCCCCGAAGGGCCUAAUGGAUGAAGAACUUCCGAAUGUCAAUCUCCCAACAGUGGACGGAAACCCUGGCCAGUUUGAAAGAUUCGUCAUCAGCUCCUCCAAAGGGCUGGCCGAGGUGAAGAGAUCCAAUCCACCCACGGUUCAAUUCAUUCAUGAAUCGCUGCGGAACUUCUUGCUCCACAAGAAUCCUCUGCGCAGAGUAUGGUCUGAGCUUCAGUUCAACUCCGAAGCACUGGCCCACACGAAAAUAAAGCGAUGUUGCAUUUUCUAUAUGAACUACGAGCUGCUGCAUGUGGCUGCCAGGAAACUGAAGUCACAGUCUCGCUCUAAUCGGCGGGAGGAGAUCCUCAGAGAAUACCCAUUUUUGGAGUACGCCAAACUGAACUUGUCCUAUCACACAAGCGAGGCGAUGAAAUAA